GCCGCCAUCUUGCGGUGUGGGGGGACGCGGGGGGCCCGGGGGCCGCGGCGGGCCGCUCGAUGGGAAGAUGCAGCGCACGGGGCCGGGCGGGGCGGGGCCUGGCGCCGUGAUGGGGGCGGGGCCUGGCGCCGUGAUGGGGGCGGGGCCGGGGCGCGCGCUGCUGAGGCGGGAGCUGCGGCUCCUCGAGUCCAUCUUCCACCGCGGCCACGAGCGCUUCCGCAUCGCCCGCGCCUGCCCGGACGAGCUGGGCUGCGAGUUCCUGCCCGGCCCGGGCGGCGGGGGGCCCGUCCGUAUCCAUGGCAACAUCACGGAGUCUUAUCCAGCUGUCCCCCCAAUAUGGUCCGUGGAAUCGGACGAUCCCAACCUGGCGGCGAUCCUGGAGCGGCUAGCAGACGUGAAGAAAGGAAACACGUUGCUUCUGCAGCACCUGAAGCGGAUCAUUUCCGAUCUCUGCAAACUCUACAACCUUCCCCAGCAUCCGGAUGUUGAAAUGCUGGACCAGCCUCUGCCUGCUGAGCAGAGCACACAGGAAGAAGUGUCCUCUGAAGAGGAAGACGAGGAGAUGCCAGAGGACACAGAAGAACUCGAUCACUACGAGAUGAAAGAGGAGGAGCCAGCGGAAGGGAAGAAGGCGGAAGAUGACGGCAUUGGCAAAGAGAACCUGGCCAUCCUCGAGAAAAUAAAAAAGAACCAGAGGCAAGAUUACUUAAAUGGGGCAGUGUCUGGGUCUGUGCAGGCCACCGACCGGCUAAUGAAGGAGCUCAGGGAUAUUUACCGAUCGGCAAGUUUCAAGGGCGGAAACUAUGCAGUUGAACUAGUGAACGACAGCCUGUACGACUGGAAUGUCAAACUCCUGAGGGUGGACGAGGACAGCGCCUUGCACAGCGACCUGCAGAUCCUCAAAGAGAAAGAGGGGGCAGACUUCAUCCUCCUCAACUUCACCUUUAAGGACAACUUCCCCUUUGACCCGCCCUUCGUAAGGGUCGUGUCUCCUGUUCUAUCGGGAGGGUAUGUCCUGGGCGGAGGGGCUAUCUGCAUGGAGCUUCUAACAAAACAGGGCUGGAGCAGUGCUUACUCGGUGGAGUCCGUGAUCAUGCAGAUCAGUGCCACACUUGUGAAAGGCAAAGCCAGGGUCCAGUUUGGCGCCAACAAGAACCAGUACAGUUUGACAAGAGCACAGCAGUCGUACAAGUCCCUGGUCCAGAUUCACGAGAAGAAUGGCUGGUACACGCCCCCUAAGGAAGAUGGCUAAGCAUGGAGACGGUCACCCUGGACAGCCUCAGGCCGGCCUCGACUUCCCUGCUGAACGCUGCUGCAUUUGGAUCGCAAGGAUGCCUGCUCUUCCUCCUCCUCCUCCUCGGACAGGACACUCACAUUCUCCUCCCUCUCUCUUUCUCCACCGCCCGUACUUGCAAGGCGAUUUUAGUGAGCAGCUCCAGCAGGGGACUCUUACGGAAUUAUAAACACUUGCGAGCAGCCGGGCCCUCCCUCUGCUCUGCUCGGGCUACUCGCUUGGACCCGCGCUAGCAGGCAAGCUGGCAGUCACUCUUAUUAAAAACCACACACACACGAAAACAAAACAAACAGCAAAACUCUUUGAUUCUCUUGUUAUCGCUGGAAGCUUCCAGCUCCGCUGCAGUCUAGAGCACCUCUGCCUCUUCCCUCUGCUACGGAUUUAAUUUAUUUUCUUAUUUUCAUGUACACUGCUUUUUUUUUCCUUUUCCUUUUUGGUUACAGUGUAUGAUGGAUGUGUAUGGGGGGGAAAUGUAUCUUUGGAGAACAAUUACAUUUGUUAAUUUGAA